AUGGAGGUGGAGGACUCGGGCGGCGUGGUGCUGACCGCCUACCACUCGUACGCCCGCGCCCAGCCCCCCAACGCAGAGUCGCGCUGCGCGCCCCGGGCCGCCGCCAGCCACCCGCUCAGCAGAAAAUCCAUUCCUCGCUGCCGAAGAAUUAACAGGAUGCUCUCCAAUGAAUCCCUCCAUCCUCCUGCCUUCAGCCGUUCCAACUCAGAAGCCUCCGUAGACAGCGCCUCCAUGGAGGAUUUCUGGCGGGAAAUAGAAAGUAUUAAAGAGAGCAGCAUGGGAGGGCAAGAAGAGCCACCGCCAGCUGAGAUCACACCUGUGGAUGAAGGAGAACUUGAAGCAGAAUGGCUGCAAGAUGUGGGUUUAUCAACUCUGAUCUCAGGUGAUGAAGAGGAAGAUGGCAAAGCCUUGCUCUCUACAUUGACUCGAACCCAAGCAGCUGCCGUGGAAAAGAGAUACAAUACCUAUACCCAAACCAUGAGGAAAAAGAAUAAGCAAUCUAUCAGGGAUGUCAGAGACAUUUUUGGAGUCAGGGAAUCUCCUCCUCGUGAUACCUGUGACAACCACACUAAUCAGUUGGAUGGCACCAAGGAAGAAAGAGAGCUUCCAAGAGUUAUCAAGGCAAGUGGUUCCAUGCCAGAUGAUGCUUCUCUCAACAGUACUACCCUGUCUGACGCAUCCCAGGAUAAAGAAGGGAGUUUUGCAGUUCCCAGGAGUGACUCUGUGGCUAUACUUGAGACCAUUCCAGAUCUUCCACUUCAUUCCAAUGGGUCACCAGAGCCGGGACAGCCAGUUCAGAAUGCAGUCAGUGACGAUGAUUAUCUAGAAAAGAACAUUCCACCAGAGGCUGAAGAGCUGUCAUUUGAAGUGUCUUAUUCAGAAAUGGUUACAGAGGCUCUAAAAAGAAAUAAACUUAAGAAAUCAGAGAUUAAGAAAGAAGACUAUGUUUUAACUAAAUUUAUUGUUCAGAAAACCAGAUAUGGCUUAACUGAAGCGGGAGAUCUGUCUGCUGAAGACAUGAAGAAAAUCCGCCAUCUCUCUCUGAUUGAAUUGACUGCCUUUUUUGAUGCCUUUGGAAUUCAACUGAAAAGAAACAAAACAGAAAAAGUAAAAGGGAGAGACAAUGGGAUUUUUGGAGUUCCGCUUACAGUCCUCCUGGACAGUGACCGAAAGAAAGACCCUGGAGUGAAAGUUCCCCUGGUAUUACAAAAAUUUUUUGAGAAAGUCGAGGAAUCAGGUCUGGAAUCUGAAGGAAUUUUUCGACUUUCGGGAUGUACUGCUAAAGUCAAGCAAUAUCGUGAAGAACUUGAUGCCAAGUUUAAUGCUGAUAAAUUCAAAUGGGACAAAAUGUGCCACAGAGAAGCUGCAGUAAUGUUGAAAGCAUUUUUCAGAGAACUACCCACCUCUCUGUUCCCUGUGGAAUACAUACCUGCCUUCAUCAGUCUAAUGGAAAGAGGGCCUCACGUCAAAGUACAGUUUCAAGCCUUACACCUCAUGGUCAUGGCGCUGCCUGAUGCCAACAGGGAUACAGCUGAGGCCCUCAUGACAUUCUUCAGUAAAGUGAUCGCCAAUGAAUCAAAAAACCGAAUGAGUCUGUGGAACAUUUCUACAGUGAUGGCACCAAACCUUUUCUUCAGUAGAAGCAAGCACUCUGAUUAUGAAGAAUUGCUGUUAGCAAACACUGCGGCCCACAUCAUCCGCCUAAUGCUGAAGUACCAGAAAAUUUUGUGGAAGGUUCCAUCUUUUUUGAUCACUCAAGUAAGAAGAAUGAAUGAAGCCACGAUGCUGUUAAAGAAGCAGCUCCCGAGUGUCAGGAAGCUGCUCAGGAGGAGGACCCUUGAGCGGGAGACUGCAAGCCCCAAGACUUCAAAGGUACUGCAAAAAUCACCCUCGGCAAGAAGAAUGUCUGACGUGCCGGAAGGAGUCAUACGGGUCCAUGCUCCACUUCUCUCCAAGGUGUCCAUGGCCAUUCAACUCAACAAUCAAACCAAAGCCAAAGACAUAUUGGCAAAAUUUCAAUAUGAAAACAGUCAUGGUUCAUCAGAAUAUAUUAAGAUUCAGAACCAAAGGUUAUACGAAAUUGGAGGAAAUAUAGGAGAGCAUUGCUUGGAUCCAGAUGCUUAUAUAUUGGAUGUAUAUCGUAUAAAUCCUCAAGCAGAAUGGGUGAUUAAACCCCAACCAAGUUCUUAAAAUAUCCUCAAGAUAGCUGCUAUCAUGUAUUAUAUGCCAAAAAGAUCCUACAUUUUGGUAGGGAAAAAACAACGCUGUGUUUGA